GGUUCAGUCUGUGUGUGUGUCUCUCUCUCUACCGACUGCCAACAAUGGGGAAGGAAUAGGAAACUCGUUGCAAGUAGCAGAAUUUAACGUAGAGGGAGAGGGUGUGUGUCAGCAAAAAAAAAAGGAAUUUGCAAAGAGGGGGUGGGCAAAAUUGUGUGUGUGUGAGAGAGAGAGAGCAAAACCAUCGCCCAGUGAAAUAUUCCGCCCAGCUCCUGGGAGCUCAGGGGGAAAAUGAGCGACAGGGGGACGAGAGUUUUUAAAAAGUCAAGCCCAAAUGGAAAGCUCACCGUCUACCUGGGGAAGAGGGACUUUGUUGACCAUGUGGACUUUGUGGAGCCCGUGGACGGGGUGGUGUUAGUGGAUCCAGAGUACCUCAAGGAGCGGAAAGUGUUCGUGACCUUGACCUGUGCCUUCCGAUAUGGCCGAGAGGAUCUGGACGUGUUGGGACUGACCUUCCGGAAGGACCUCUUUGUCGCCAAUGUCCAAGCCUUCCCACCAGUAGCAGAGGAGAAGAAACCCCUCACCCGCCUCCAGGACCGUCUGAUGAAGAAACUGGGAGAACAUGGUUACCCCUUCAUAUUCGAGAUCCCUCCCAACCUGCCCUGUUCAGUCACCCUGCAGCCAGGGCCCGAAGACACAGGAAAGGCCUGUGGAGUCGAUUUUGAGGUGAAAACCUUCUGUUCAGACAACCUGGAGGAACGAAUCCACAAACGGAACUCAGUGAGGCUGGUGAUACGCAAAGUACAGUACGCGCCGGAAAAGCCCGGACCCCAACCCAUGGCCGAGACCACCCGCCAGUUCCUCAUGUCCGACAAGCCCCUCCACCUAGAGGCAUCACUGGACAAGGAGAUUUAUUAUCACGGAGAGCCAAUAAAUGUAAAUGUCCACGUGACAAACAACACAAACAAAACCGUCAAGAAACUAAAGAUCGCAGUCCGUCAGUAUCGCCGAUAUCUGCCUGCUUCACACGGCCAGUACAAGUGCCCUGUGGCCACAGCUGAAGCUGACGACAUCGUAGCCCCCAGUUCCACCUUCUGCAAAGUGUACACCUUGACGCCUUACCUGGCCAACAACCGAGAGAAGCGUGGCCUUGCGCUGGAUGGCAAGCUCAAACAUGAAGACACCAACCUGGCCUCCAGCACCUUGCUUCGGGAUGGAGCCAAUAAGGAGAUCCUGGGCAUCAUUGUGUCCUAUAAAGUCAAGGUGAAGCUGGUGGUUUCGCGAGGAGGCAUCUUGGGAGACCUUGCCACAAGUGACGUGGUUGUCGAGCUCCCUUUCACCCUAAUGCACGCAAAACCAGAGGAGGAGACACUUCACAGAGAAGCUACAGAGAGCGAGGCUCCCAUCGACACCAAUCUGAUCGAGUUUGACACCAACGACGAUGAUAUUGUCUUCGAGGACUUUGCUCGCCAGAGGUUGAAGGGCCUGAAAGACGAGAACGAUGAAAAUGAAGACGGAGCGAAUUCACCGCAACACAACGACCGAUGAAAUGCCCUGGCCUCGCAUCGCAGUCGCUCCCGCUACACGAAAAGCUGCCGGUGUUUGUAGUUUCCUCUUCCUUGUAAUAUUAAAAAAAAGUACUCUGGAUAAUUUUGAGCCUAGAACUCUUGGGCUGUGAACAGAAGACUGGUGCAGGAGUGAUACUGGUUCCUUCACAGCCUCUUCAGCCUUUGGUAGGUGUCAGUGCCCCCACCGGGGACACCGUUCUCCAGGUUUCCCAAUCCAUCCAGGAAUUUCUAGGACAAUGCUGGGAGCUAAACAAAAAAAAAUGGAAUUCCAAAACACUGCAGACGCUGGAAGCUUGAUACUGCUGGAGACACUCAGUGGGCCAGGCAGUAUUAUUGGAGAGAGAAGCAGUUAACAUUCUGUCAGACCUGUUGAGUGCUUCCUGCAUUUGCUGUGGUUAUUUUGUAACACCUGGGAGUGUAGGACAUAAUGGGCUUUGGUAAAUUGCAUUGUUUCUUAGAUGUUAAUAGGAGGUGGGGCAUGGGGUGGGGGUUGGGGGGGAAUCCCAAGGAGUUGGUGAAACUAGAGAUCCCAACAGAUCCCAAUCCAACACAUCUACAUAUUCCAAGUCAUUCCAAUCCAACCCAUCCCAACACAUUGCGACUCACUCUAAUCCCAUCUAACGUAUUCCUAUUGAGCCCAACCCAGUUCAGAUAAACCAAUCAAUCCCAAAACUAGUCCAAUUCAACCCACCCUACCCAUCCCAAUCAACCCCACCCAACAAAUCCCAUUUCAAUCCAGAGAAGACACCGGAGAUUGCAGAUGCUGGAAUCUGGAACAAUAAACAAACAGCUGGAGGAAUUCAGCGGGUCAAGCAGCAUGU